AUGGCGCACAUCACCAUAAAUCAGUAUUUGCAGCAAGUACAGGAAGCCAUUGACAGCAGAGAUGGACAAUUUUGUGCAGAGUUGGUGUCAUUUAAACAUCCACAUGUUGCAAACCCAAGGCUACAGUUGCCAUCUCCGGAGGAAAAGUGUCAACAGGUUUUGGAACCACCAUAUGAUGAAAUGUUUGCAGCCCACUUAAGGUGUACUUACGCUGUUGGAAACCAUGACUUUAUAGAAGCAUACAAAUGCCAAACAGUUAUUGUCCAAUCUUUCUUGCGAGCAUUUCAGGCACAUAAAGAAGAAAACUGGGCUUUACCUAUUAUGUAUGCUGUGGCCCUUGAUCUUCGAAUUUUUGCUAAUAAUGCAGAUCAACAACUAGUGAAGAAAGGGAAAAGCAAAGUUGGCGACAUGCUGGAAAAAGCAGCAGAACUGCUGAUGAGCUGUUUUCGAGUCUGUGCCAGUGACACCCGAGCAGGCAUUGAAGAUUCCAAGAAGUGGGGCAUGUUGUUUCUUGUGAAUCAACUGUUUAAAAUUUAUUUUAAGAUCAACAAGCUCCAUCUAUGUAAACCUUUAAUUAGAGCAAUUGACAGCUCAAAUUUGAAAGAUGAGUAUAGCAUGGCGCAGCGAGUUACGUACAGGUACUAUGUUGGACGCAAAGCCAUGUUUGACAGUGACUUCAAGCAAGCUGAAGAGUAUUUGUCAUUUGCCUUUGAGCACUGUCACCGCUCAAGCCAGAAGAACAAAAGAAUGAUUUUGAUCUACCUGCUGCCAGUAAAAAUGUUGUUGGGCCAUAUGCCAACAGUUCAGCUUUUAAAAAAGUAUGACCUUAUGCAGUUUGCCGAAGUAACAAAGGCCGUGAGUGAAGGCAAUCUUCUCCUACUGAAUGAGGCUCUGACAAAGCAUGAGACCUUCUUUAUUCGAUGUGGAAUCUUUCUUAUCCUUGAGAAGCUGAAAAUCAUCACGUACAGAAAUCUCUUUAAGAAAGUGUAUUUACUACUCAAAACCCAUCAACUCUCUCUAGAUUCCUUUCUUUUUGCACUGAAAUUCAUGCAAGUAGAUGAUGUUGAUAUUGAUGAAGUCCAGUGCAUUUUAGCUAACCUUAUAUAUAUGGGUCACAUCAAAGGCUAUAUAUCCCAUCAGCAUCAAAAGCUUGUGGUCAGCAAGCAGAACCCAUUUCCUCCGCUGUCAACAGUGUGUUGAGUGUUGUGUCUUACCCGCACGAACACUUUGGAGAUACUCAGCUUGCCCAGUAAAGCUGCCCCCGAUCCUCCCGGGAGCACCGUACACAACCUGGUUCAUGUCCAGGACCAGAAUACCAGGAACUGUUUGUGGUUCCUUUCCCAGAACGGCCAAGACUGCCAGUGUUACAAAGUGUAUUGGAACGAAAUGCUGACUUUUCAAUGGUAGUUUCUGCAGACUUUCUGGAUCAUUCAGCGUAUUUCUUGAGGAAAUAAAGCAACGCAUUCCGAA